AUGUAAUAUUAUGGUUUACUUCCUGCUCCAAAUCCAUUAGUAUAGGCUGCUGAUCCUGAAAUUAAAUAAAAGAUGUAUAAAUCUAAAUGAAUAAGUGGUUAGAUAAAGAAGAGAGAUGCUUACGAUGAAAAAGAUUCAGCAUUUAACAUGUGGGAUUACUUUAGUGAUAAUAAAGUUAAUCUUAUUUAUUAGCGUUUUGAUAAUUAUCCAUGGUCAAUGAUUCCACUAAAUAAUCAUCGAUUCGCUGCUUCGUGUUUCUUUGAUUGCAAAAAACUAAUGGCUUUAAAUAAAGAAAUAAGAUUAACAGAAUUUACAUCAAUUUUAAACAAAAAUUUAUAUCCAACUACAAUGAAAUAAAAGGAAUUAAAAUAACUUUAUCUCGAGUAAGACAGCAAGAAAUACAAUGGACUUAAAUUUGAUUCGAAUUUUGAAAGUGGAAACUUGUUUACAUCAUAUAAAGUUGGGCAAAAUGAAUAUGAUUUAAUGAUGUAAAAUGACACAAAUACUAAAGGAAAUACAUAAUGGUUUUAUUUCUCGGUUGAAAAUACAAUUAAGAACUGUAUUGUUACUUUUAAUAUCAUUAACUUUGUAACUUUAAUAUUUUUAUCAAGCCUUGUAGAUAAAAUGUGAUUCAUUAUUUAAUAUGGGAUAAAGACCAGUUGUCUAUUCUAUAAAAAGUAAUCGAUUGAAAGGAACAGGAUGGAUUAAAGCAGGACAUAAUAUAAUUUAUUUUAGAAAUAAAUUUAAGAGAGAAAAUAGUUCGCUUAAAACAUAUUAUACACUCUCAUUUAGUUAUAAAUUUGAACAUUCUAAUGAUAAAGUUUAUUUUGCUUAAUGUUAUCCAUAUACUCAUUCCUAAUUAUAUAAUUAUAUAGAAAGAUCUAUUAAGCCAAAUAAAGUAUAUGAAUGAUUAAUUUAGUAUGCCGUAGUAAAAGAAUUAUGCAAGACGAUAUCUAAAUUGUCAUGUCCUUUGAUUACCAUAGGAAAUGGCAAAAAAGCUAUACUAUUAAUGGCUAGAUAACAUCCAGGAGAAACUCCUGGGUCUUUUACUAUAGAAGGUGCAAUGGAAUUUUUAAUAAGCAAUUGUAUGGAAGCAGAAGUUUUAAGAAAUAAUUUUACUUUUUAUAUAAUUCCUAUGAUAAAUCCAGAUGGAGUUGUUUUUGGAAAUUAUAGAUGCAAUCUUUACGGAACUGAUCUUAAUAGAAUCUGGAUAUGUCCACAUAAAGAAUUACAUGAUUCUGUUUGGUAUGUAAGAGAAUUAAUUAGAUAAAUAAAUCAAAUAUCAGAAUUAAGUUUAAUUGUUGAUUUUCAUGGACAUUCAAAGAAGUAAAAAUCACUUAAUAAUUUUAGAUUCAAUAGUUUCUUCUAUGCAAAUAGUUUAUGUGAUGAAUAAAAAUUAUUACCAUUAAUAAGUUGCAAUCUAUCUAAAAUGAUGAAUUUAAGAGAUUGCUCUUUUAGCAUUCAUGAAAGUAAAAAGAAAACUGCAAGAGUAGCUUUACAAUAAGAAGUGAAAAAUGGAUUUACUUAUACUUUAGAAAUAUCUUUUCAUGCUUUUCGAAAAUAAGCAUUAUAAGAUUUUACAGAAAGCUCUUAUAAAUAAUUAGGUGAAGAUAUAUUAUUAGCAAUAUUUAAAUUAUUUGAAAUAUAAAUGAUAAAAUGCAGUAAAUUGCCAAGAGCCUUAACAAUAUAAUAAAAUGAUGAACUUGAUAAAUUGAUCAAAGAUUGUGAUUUAAGCUAACUUUAAAUAGGUGAAGAUGAUUCAGGAAGUGAUUCAAAUCCAGAAGACGAUGCUCUUUAAGAAUAAGAACUUCAGUCAUUUUUUGAUUUAAAAAAACAAAACAAAAUUAUAAUUGCAGCUAAAAAAAAACUUAAUAAAAUUGAAAAGGCAUCCUAAACUGAUAUUUAGCAUUAUUAAAAUCUUAUGUUAGAUGAAAAAGUUUUGCAAAAAAUUGAAGAAUAAGUUAGACAAAUAAGAAAACCUAAUGCUGAAACUCUAGGAUUUUAAAGCAUUUAAGAUCUUGUAAUUAAUACUCAUGAUGUUCCAUUGUAAGAAGGCUUUAAAAAUUCAUUUUAAUAAACUGAUAUUUCUCUAUAACAAAUCUUAGGCAAAAUGCAAGUGUAUCAUGUUAGAGUUUCUAACAAGUAUCAUAUUUGAUCUAUUUAGAAAUUCUAUGUUUUAAAAUUAAUUUGCCACUUAAUCAAGCAAACCGGUUGUUAUCGUGCUCAAAAAUCCAUAUUCAAAACAAUAAAUGUAAUAACAAUAAUAAUCGCUGCCAUAACACUAAGAUUUAUUGUCUAACAAAAAUAGAAGGAGAAUUACAUCCAUUAAUGGAAGAUCCUCUAUAGAAUAUAAAAGAUUGUCUCAUGAUAGGAAAUAUAGUAUAUAAUAAUAUGCCUAAGACAGAAAUCAUGCUAUUAGUUUCACUUAAUAACAAGUUACUCCUUAAAAUUUGUUAACUUAAGAUGCUACUUUUGAGAAAAUAGCAAACAUUAGUAAACUAAAAUUUUAUGAUAAAUAAAUGCUUAAAAAUUUGUUUUGA